AUGACGCUUCUUCACUUGAAACUCUUAAGCGUAGUAAUUUUGUAUGGUAAUUUUAAAGACGAAGCAUUGUCGUGUAUAAAGUGUUAUCGAUGCGAAUCGAAGACACAUUUGCACUGUUCCGAAAGGUUCGAUCACGAAAAUGCUAAUUUACAACCCGAAAGUUGUUCUGACGUAUUCGAAGCUCAAUAUUGCAUCAAAGCUACAGGAAUGUUCGAGGGUGAGAUAGGAACUAAGAGGUUCUGUUCGUCACGUGAUCAUGGUGACUAUUGUGAAUACGUGCAGAGGCCAGGUGACGAGAGGGAAUAUCGUUCUUGCAUUUACACAUGUUCUACUGACGGUUGCAACUCCGCCAUCUCUUGGAGGCUUUCCUUACUAUUAAUGUUAUCAGCUAUCAUACUUAACAUGUGGCAGUGGGGCGAGUCGCCGUUUCACUGAAAUCUCUCGAAUGUUAUAAGUCGUAUUUGAAGUUAUUCAUGUUUUAUGAAUCGUGACGCGGAUAUCGACAUAUAUAGUAGCAUAUUUAUGUUCUUUAUCAAACGGGAAAUCAUUUUAUCCGAAUGUAUCAUUCAUUUUUAAGUGUCAAACUCGAGAAUUAAUCAUGUGCUGUAAUAUUACUUGUGGCAU